CAACUAACUGAAUGUAGUGAAGUUUCACAAGACCCACAGUGACUGACUGUAACGUGUUCGCAGCAGACAAACAGUUUAAAUCUCGCCUUUUUUCACUAAAGAAGGGAAAUUAACCAUUUACCAUAUAAAUUAUUUCAGGGAUUAGCGUCUGAAAUCACAGGGGUCGGGCCUGUUUCCAAGGGAGCUGUAUAUCCUCCGCCUCGGGCUCGCCAGAGUCGUGAAAGAAGUAAAAGGAUUCUGCUAGUCCAGCAGCGAUGGCUCCUUCUCUGGCCCAGGCCUAUCGUAGGCGCUGGUGGAUGGCGGUGACUGCGGUCAUAGAGAACCUGCUGUUCUCUGCUGUGCUGCUGGGCUGGGGAUCGCUACUCAUCAUGCUCAAGAACGAGGGCUUCUACUCACACCUCUGCAUAAACAACGAGACAGUGUUCAGUAACAUCAGUUCGUGGGACAGUGGUAUCUGGCAUAGCUGCGUGGACCAGGAAGAGAUGUUGAAUCUGGGCUUUACCAUUGGCUCCUUCCUGCUGAGUGCAGCCACUCUGCCGCUAGGUAUCCUGAUGGACAAGUACGGGCCCCGCCCACUCCGCCUCCUCGGCAGUGCGUGUUUUGCUUUCUCUUGUGCCAUGAUAGCUGGAGCUGCCUAUAACCCUGAAGUCCUCUCGGCCCUCAUUUUCAUCGCGGUCUCCUUCAACGGCUUUGGAGGAAUCUGCCUGACCUUCACCUCCCUCACAUUACCCAACAUGUUUGGGAACGUGCGCUCCACCAUCCUGUCUCUAAUGAUCGGCUCCUACGCCUCUUCAGCCGUCACAUUCCCUGGAGUCAAGUUGAUCUAUGAUCUAGGUGUGUCCUUCAGGGUGAUCAUGUGGGUGUGGUCGGGGCUAGCUGGUCUCGUCUUCCUCAACUGCUUCCUUAAUUGGCCGAUGGAGGCUUUCCCCGCACCCGAGGAGAUCAGCUACACCAAGGAGGUGAAGCUGAGUGGCAUGGUGAUGGAUGACAAGGUGACGGGGGACAGAUUCUACAGUCAUGUGACCACGUUGGGAGAGAAGAUGGCUCCGAAGCAGAAGGAGCCAGAUCCCUCGUCAGAGCACCUCCCACCUGGAGAACAGACACAGGCUGGCCCUCCGUUUCGUAGUUCAGUCUGCUCGCCCAUCUUCUUGUGGAGUCUCAUCACCAUGGCAAUGACCCAGCUGCGCAUCAUCUUCUUUAUGGGCGCCAUGAACAGGAUGCUGGAAUUCCUGGUUACCCACGGAGACCCACACCCCUCUAAGGAUCUAUUGAUGGAGGCAGAGCAACAAGUGGGUUUCUACUCGUCACUGUUUGGCUCCCUGCAGCUGCUCUGCCUCCUCACCUGUCCUCUGAUUGGCUACAUCAUGGACUGGAGGAUGAAGGAGUGCGACGUAGACCAGAGCCAACUUGAACCCCCGAAGAGAGACAGGAAGAUCCAGAAACUGACCAAUGCCAUCCGCGCUUUCAUCAUCACCAACGUUCUACUGGUCAUCUUCGGAGUCAUCCAGAUGCUAGACAACCUGCCUGUACAGAUAAUUUCCUUCAUCGUCCACACCAUGGUCAGAGGUUUCGUCCACUCCUGUGCUGGAGGACUCUAUGCUGCUGUAUAUCCGUCCAAUCACUUUGGGACAUUGACGGGGAUGCAGUCGAUGAUCAGUGCGCUGUUCGCUCUCCUCCAGCAGCCUCUCUUCGUCAUCAUGGUGGGACACCUGGGAGGAGACCCCUACUGGAUCAACCUGAGCCUGCUCUUUGCCUCAUUGGCUGGAUUCCUGUUGCCUGGAUACCUGAUCUAUCACCGUAGGAACCUGAUGCGAGAGAAGGUGGAGAAGCGUGAGAGGGAGGCCGCUAACCAAUCAGAAAGAGAGAGAGAAACUUUAAGGCAAUCAGAAAAUGGCCAUACCAAAAACCAUACUAAUGGACAUCUCAGCAAUUAAGCCUAAGAAUCUUGACCGAACUAACAGUCAAAUAUCAUCGUCGUUAAUUGUAAAAUAUCAUUAUAGACCAUCGUCAUGAUGAUGACAUUGAUGGUUGUCAUUUUCAACAAGGACAGUGAUGACAAUGUUGUGCACAGGAGUUUGGACUUGGGUCCAUGUCGCCCUUAAGCCGUUUUUAAUUUGACAUCAAAAUACACACUCAAUAUACUCAUGACUGUUUUAGGUAUGACAUGCCAAAGAAAUCCUAAAAUAUACAUUUAACUCAUAUUUAUUUGAAUUGAAAUCGUGGAAAUCUCAAUGGAAAUCGAGGUUCAGCAAUUCAAUAAGCAAUAAUAUUUCCGAUGACCAAAAAUUACAUGAAGGUUAUUAGUACCAUUUCAGGUCACCCUUCAACCAACCGGAAGCACAGCGCUCAGUAUUCUGUAGUAGACAGGAACUGAAUCUCUUUCGCCAUCAGAUUGGCUGGUGUAACGUUGAACUACGUCCCCCACCCAACCACACCACAGUCACUUCAUUCAUUUAGGCCUAGAAGCCAGUCUGGUAGUAAUAUUUUAUCAGACAGUGUUUGUUUGUCCUUCCCGGUUCCCUCCCUGUAUCUAUACUUGUCUUUAUCUUGUCUCUACAUCCAGCGGAGAAUACAGAUUAUGAGGAGACAAAGUGGGAAUGGUGGAGAAAGGGAACCUCCGUUUCCAAAUCCAUGUGCCUAGACCACCAGCCCAUGGGGCCUGCACAUCCAUAUUAUUUUGACUAUCAAUCUGCACCUGCAAUCUUUCACUGUGUCCCCUUUAUGUCCAUGUCAGACCUGUCAUUAUGUCCACCUGAAAUCUUUCCCCGUGUCCCCUUCUUUAUGUCCAUGUCAGACCUGUCAUUGUAAGUCCACUAAGUGCUAUGCCCACUUGGUCAAGUCUGCGGCUGUGUCUGAAAUGGCACCCUAUAUAGUGCACUACAUUUAACCAGGGCCCAUAGGGUAAAAGUUUGGACACACCCUGGGUCACUACCGCUAUGUCCCUGUGUUCAUCCCAGAGUUAGUAUUUGAAAUAUCUCCGUGCGUCACAAUGUGUCCACCCGAAAUGUGGGAUGAGUCCCAAAUGGCACCCUAUUUCCUAUAUAGUGCACUACUUUUGACCAGAACCAUAUGGGCCCUGUUCAAAGGCAGUAUACUGCAUAGGAAAUUGGGUGCCAUGUGGGACACAACCUAGGUUUUGAGAUGACAUCAUUAGCCGUUGUCAUUUCAGCCAAUCAUAGCUUAGUUCAGGACAGUGGUACAGUGUGUGAGGUGUUGUGCAGGCACAGCCUAGUUUGUAACAAUAUUGAUGGAACUUUGUUUUUAGAGAAUCAUGUUGUUGAACUUGUUGCAUAUCAUGAAAUUGGAACGUGAAAUGUCUUUAUAGAUAUAUAGAAAUGCCAAAUCAGUACCUAUCACCGAAACCUUUAAGGUCAGCUAUUGCACGUGAGCUUUUACGGAGAGUUGUAGAUUAGUUUUACAGAAAAGUAUUUAUUUGUAUAAACGUGGGAAAGAAAGAGCACUUGUCAAAACCUGAUUCAAUCUGGAGAACCAACCAACCAACCAUCUUGAAAUUUUAAACAGUAUUUACAGUUAACAGUACCGUAUGAGAGAAUCAUAUACAGAUGUGUUGCUCAAAUCAACUCCAAAAGCUGGUUGAAUCUGACCAACCGACCGUGUUCAGUGUUUAAAAACAAAACAUUAUUUACAGUUAACAAUACUGCAUGAGGUCAAAUAAAACAGUAUUUACAGUUAACAGUACUGUAUGAGGUCAAAUAUAACAAACUGUAUUACUAGCUAACAGUACUGUAUGAAGUAAGAUGGAUGCACCUGAACCCCAAUAUCACUGUCCCCAUGACAACGACAGUAGAACCACCUCAUUGGAGCAGGGCUUCAUUUAGCAGGUACAUUGUGGCUGCUAGGCUAUUUAUUUAGGGUACAGAACAUCCCAAAUGGCACCUUAUUCCUUAUAUUGUGCACGACUUUUGACCAGAGCCCUAUGGGGUCUAUGGUCAAAAGUAAUGCACUAUAUACACUCUAUAGGGUAUGGGGUGCCAUUUGGGAUGGAGACAUAGUGUGUAUGUAGUAGCGCUUGAAUCUAAAAGAUAAUACUGUCAUGUAAUAAUGAAUUGAAUUAUUCAUAAAUGA